UGUUCGCAUCCCCACCCCUCGGAGGACGCUUCUGGAGUCCUUAAAUGGGAACGGCGCUCUGCUCCCGCUCCAGAGCUGCGCCGCUCAGUCUGGGGCUGAGUCUGGGGCUGGGUCUCGGGACUCUUUGCUAGGAAAAAAGAGGGAGAGCGAGAGGAGAACGGAGCGUGUUCGGUGCGGGCAUGGAGGCCGGGCUAAGCGCUCGGCCCGUCUUCCCAACUUGGCUGCGGGAAGGCGCCGGGUUUCUCCCUCCGUCCCGGCGAGUUGGUUCACCUGUUGUUCUGUGCGGCCUCCGCUGCCAUGUCUGUUGUGAUUGUGCACUUGGAUUUCGAAAAACUUUGUGCUGGAUUGCGUGCACAGCCCCCUCCCCUUCCAGACUCCUAGCGGAAAGGUUUGGCGAAGAAACAAAAAAAAAAAAAAAAAAAAAGAGAGAGAAAGAAAGAAAGAAAAGAAAGAAAAGCGGGUCAGGGAGAAAAAUAAUACAUUGUGUGUUAGUGCCUGGCGUUUUGUGACUUGUAAGACUCCGUCGAUUGAUCUUUUCAUUUGGUUAAGGGGCUGCCGGUUUUCUCUUUUAGGCGGUUUACAAACUCUUCUGAGGACGAGAUACGAGCUUAGCGUUCGUGUCGCGCCACUUCUUAAGAUAACCCUGGUUAUUGUAUUUUUUGUUGUUUUAGAGGAGGAAACCGAGACGCAGAGGUUAAAUAACUUAGAUAAGUGUGCCGGGAUUGGACUCAGUGGUAUUCAAGGGUAUGGCCCUCGUACAAAAGCAAAUUGUGCAAAGACUUAAGAGCGUUUUUCCAGUUAUGCAUGAAACCCCGCGUUGCUUCAGCUGUGAACGACUUGUGUUUGCUAGUGAGGGGAAUUAAACUUGGAGAUAAAGCAAAAGAUUUAUGAAAAUAUGCAUCGGUUUGAUACUGUCUUGGAAUUCAUGAGAUGGAAGCAUAGGUCGAAGCUGCUUGGAACUAACGUUUUAUCUAGCCACAUCCUUGAGGAAUCUGAAGAAAGUAGCAGGUGAAAGUCAUUGUCAAGUGAUUUCUUUCUUCUAAAAGGAAAUCCCAUUGAGUAAAGUCAUUUAAAUUAGUGAAACAGCACGACCGGUAAUUCAAAGUGGCAGUGUACAGGAUACGUGGACAUUGAACAAUGACUCAGCUAUAUACUUACAUCAGAUUAUUGGGAGCCUGUCUGUUCAUCAUUUCUUAUGUCCAAGGGCAGAAUCUAGACAGUAUGCUCCAUGGCACUGGUGUGAAGUCAGACUCGGACCAGAAGAAGCCAGAAAAUGGAGUGACGUUAGCCCCAGAGGAUACCUUGCCUUUCUUAAAGUGCUAUUGCUCAGGACACUGCCCAGAUGAUGCUAUUAAUAACACAUGCAUAACUAAUGGGCAUUGCUUUGCCAUUAUAGAAGAAGAUGAUCAGGGAGAAACCACAUUAGCUUCUGGGUGUAUGAAGUAUGAAGGCUCUGAUUUUCAAUGCAAGGAUUCACCAAAAGCCCAGCUACGCCGGACAAUAGAAUGUUGUCGAACCAAUUUGUGCAACCAGUAUUUGCAGCCUACACUGCCCCCUGUGGUUAUAGGUCCAUUUUUUGAUGGCAGCAUUCGAUGGCUGGUUGUGCUCAUUUCCAUGGCUGUCUGUAUAAUUGCUAUGAUCAUCUUCUCCAGCUGCUUUUGUUACAAACAUUACUGUAAGAGCAUCUCAAGCAGAGGUCGUUACAACCGUGAUUUGGAACAGGAUGAAGCAUUUAUUCCAGUAGGAGAAUCGCUGAAAGACCUGAUUGACCAGUCACAGAGCUCUGGGAGUGGGUCUGGACUACCUUUAUUGGUUCAGCGAACUAUUGCCAAACAGAUUCAGAUGGUCCGGCAGGUUGGUAAAGGCCGUUACGGAGAAGUAUGGAUGGGUAAAUGGCGUGGUGAGAAAGUGGCAGUCAAAGUGUUUUUUACCACUGAGGAAGCCAGCUGGUUUAGAGAGACCGAAAUCUACCAGACGGUCCUAAUGCGCCAUGAAAAUAUACUUGGUUUUAUAGCUGCAGACAUUAAAGGCACUGGCUCCUGGACUCAGCUGUAUUUGAUUACCGAUUACCAUGAAAAUGGAUCUCUCUAUGACUUCCUGAAAUGUGCCACACUAGACACCAGAGCCCUACUCAAGUUAGCUUAUUCUGCUGCCUGUGGUCUGUGCCACCUCCACACAGAAAUUUAUGGAACCCAAGGAAAGCCUGCAAUUGCUCAUCGAGACCUGAAGAGCAAAAACAUCCUUAUUAAGAAAAAUGGAAGUUGCUGUAUUGCUGACCUGGGUCUAGCUGUUAAAUUCAACAGUGAUACGAAUGAAGUUGACAUACCAUUGAACACCAGAGUGGGCACCAAGCGCUACAUGGCUCCAGAAGUGCUUGACGAAAGCCUGAAUAAAAACCAUUUCCAGCCCUACAUCAUGGCUGACAUCUAUAGUUUUGGCUUAAUCAUUUGGGAGAUGGCUCGUCGUUGUAUUACAGGAGGAAUAGUGGAGGAAUAUCAAUUACCAUAUUACAACAUGGUGCCUAGUGAUCCAUCCUAUGAAGAUAUGCGUGAGGUUGUGUGUGUCAAACGCUUGCGGCCAGUCGUGUCCAACCGCUGGAACAGUGAUGAAUGUCUUCGAGCAGUUUUGAAGCUGAUGUCAGAAUGCUGGGCCCAUAAUCCAGCCUCCAGACUCACAGCUUUGAGAAUCAAGAAGACACUUGCAAAAAUGGUUGAAUCCCAGGAUGUAAAGAUUUGACAGUUAAACCAUUGUGAGGGAGAAUCUAGGCUGCAAUAGCUUCACCCGAGAAAAGGGGUGAUUAGCAUGGAAUAGGAUGUCGGCUUUUCAGACUUUCCCGCCACAUCUUCACGGGCUGCUAACAGUGAACCCUUCAGUACUCUGCAGAAUACAAGAUUGGGACUCCAAACACGCCAUUCUUUACAUGGACGGGUAGCUUUGUUUUAAAUGUAGUUUUGAUGCCCUGUUAUGUGUUUCUGUUUUUAUGAACUGCAUCAAGACUCCAAUCUUGUAAGAAGCCUCUGGUCUAACUCUGGAUACCCAGUGUCCUGUCCAUAAAGUGUUGCUUUCUGUGAAAGCCUUGAGAGAACUGAUGAGCUCAGCAGACAUGGAGAGAGACAUUUCCUUCUGUAAGAGGAAGCAUCCGUUUGUCUUUGUGAACAGCCUGUAGAUUAUGAUCUCUUUGGGAUACUGCCUGGUUCGUGGUGGUGCACCGUGCCUUUGAUGUGCACACUAGGAUUCCUCUGCUGCCGUGGGCUUAGAAGAAAAGAAUGUAUGGUUGCUCAGGAGGGUUUUGUGGCUGGUGGUUUAAACAUGCAAUAUCUGAUCAACAAUCGCCAAUAUCAUAAAAGUCAUCUACCUUGUAACUGUAGUAACUCCUCCAUCAACUUUAUUUUUAACGUAAUAGUUGUAAAGGCCAAAUCAGUUUAAAGUGUCCAUAAAUUUGGACUGUUUUCCUUCUAUCACCAUUCUGGCUUCUUUUUUGGUAAUUUUUUUUUUAAUGAAACACCUGUCCAGAGUUGAAACUCACUGCUUUGAGCCAUACUUUGAAAGAAAAAUGCCUCUUUCUGGAGUCAGCCUUACUGUGUCUGAUAACGACAUGCAUGUCUGUGAUCAAAUUCUGAAGUCUUUGCUCUCAGUGCCUCUUAAAAGGGAAGUUGUUUAUCAUGUGUAAUGUGCUUUUAUUUUUAAGACUUACAUAACCAUCUUUACAGCCAUAUUUUACAUAUAUACAUACGUACAUACACACAUACUUAAUUCUAUACAAAACAGCUCACAUGGAUCUUACAUCUGAUCUUUAGUGGGGGAAAUGUUUCAAAGUAGAACUACGUAUGAAUUUCAGAAUUCAUGCAUUUAAAAACUUCAGUCAAAAACUUUAUUAAGAUAUCGCCUCAUACUUCUUUUAUGAAGGAUGUCAGCUAAUGUAAAUUUGUCAGUAACUGGUGAAUGUAUUUUAGAUACCUAAAUAUUUUGAAAUUUGGUUUUACCGUUUCUGGUCCCUAACUUGUGAAGAUAAAGAAUCAGAAGUGCCCAGUAUCUGGUCACUACCCAUAUUUACACUGAGCAGCUAUUAUUAAAUAAAAUGAUCUGGUUUUUAUAGUGGCCUUGUUAUCUCAAAGAACAGUUCUGGUUCAAACUUACAUGCUGGUGUCCUACUAUUUAAAUGUUUAUUCUGAGCAAGCCAUAAAUGGAUCAAGUGGCAUUGUCUCUUUGGAUGAAACAUGAAUUAAAGGUGAUUGUAUUUUAAUAUAGUCAAAUGCUUUAAAUUAAAUGGGAGGCUGUCCAUCUACUCAUUUAUAACUAAACUUAAUGUAAUACCUACACAUCCUAUUCUAUAAAUUUGAGACUUGUUUUGACUAUUUUGUUUAAUGAGUUUCAUCUAGUGUAACCAAAACCUGAGAACACAUAGGAUAUCUGAGUUACCUAAGCCAAUUUAACCUGGAUAUAUUUUUGCCUGAAUAAACUUAAGUCUUAAAAAGGGUUUAUCAUCUUGAUGAUAAACCUGAAGAAUGGCAGGCUUCGUUCUUAGACGUGCUUGAAUGGUGUAUGGAGGCCACUGUAAUGAUUGUUCUGAUGAGCUUGGUCUGAAGAAAAAGGGCUAUCAGGAGUUAAUGGUAGGGCAGACAGUGAGUACUCCAGUUGCUGCCUUCCCAAGCUGCCUUUCAUUAGAAAUAGUAACAUUUAAAAGGAAAAUGCUGCUAUAUUCUUUAUUUGGAAUCCUAGAAUCUAAAGUUGCAUUAAACUUGUUUUUUCCUCUCUUCCCUCUUACUUUAAAAUUUGAAUUUCAGUUAAGUGAAAUAUUUAAAUGUUAGCCCUUAGGGCCAAUGAGAGGGCUCAGUGGGUAAAGGCACUUGCUGCCAAGCCUGCCAACCGCACUUUAAUCUCUGUGAAAGGAGAGAACCAACUACCCCAUGAUUGUCUUCUGACAUCCACAUGCUCUGUGGCACAACCCCCAACACACAUCAUGCACUCCACAUAUUCAAACACAAAUGUAACUUAAAAAAUAAUACAACCGACUGGUAAAAGAAAGUAUUGUGUAUUAAUUACUUGUAAAAACCUGAUUCCACUUUGAAUCUAGGGUUUACAAAAUAUGGCUAGUGUCAGCCAUCCCUUUAAAACAUUAAAAUAUAAAAGCCAAAACCCAAACUACCUAAAUAAAUGCCAAAUGAUCCAGGAAGAUGUCAUGAGUGGUUUGUAUGGUCGGGAGUUGCUGGGGUACGGGGCACAUUAAGAUUUGCCCGGCUUGAUUCUCUGAGGCUUCUACAGCACUGAAUAUAAAAUUAGAACCUAUUUCUCUGGAAAUAUUGUAAUAAAAGAUACUUCAGUCAGCAUGUUACGUUAUCCAGAAACGCUCCUAAUCCUAUAAAGUGACAGAGCUUUUAUCAGCUGUUGUCCUGAAAUGUGCUGGUUUUUAUUCACUCACUCUAGUGAUAGUCAAUAUUUUUUUCUUCUUAGAUGUUUUUCUUGUUUAGAAUAAAAAGACAGUAAUUUUCCAAGAACCAUGCAUCUCUGGUUUGGCCCAAGAUCAAGUUGGAUAUUGAGUAGUCUAUUCCAGGGCAGAUUUCCUUAGUGAAACACUUGUUUUUCAGAUAUGUAUUGUUUUUAAAUGUCCCAGAUGUCUAAGAUAAUUUCAACAGAAGUGUAAUUCAUGUAGAAAGGAAGGCUAUGCAGCCCUUUUGGUAAUAACAGAAGUUGACUGGUCAGAUAUUAAGCAGUGACAGUUUGCUCUCCUCAGAACUUGUUCCUCUGGUGCAGUGUGUGAAUCCACAGGAAGGAUCAUCCCAUAAGGAAAGCUUAUGAAUAUGCCUUUUGCAAAGAAUUAGACAUAACCCUAUAAUUUUAGGUUGUACUCUGUACUCUUUCAGUGGAAUUUUAUUUAAGCUCUUUAGUGACCUUUGUUCUUCCCACUUAAAAGCUAAAGUGUAGUAUAUAUAUUGUAUAAAAUGAAAAUAUUAUAGCUUAGGGAAACUGUAUAUAAGGCAUUGACAGGUUAAAGGAAGCAUUUUUAUUAUGCAAUUGUAAAACACCAAAAAUAUGGAUUCAUCUUUGAUAUGUAACACACUAAAUGUAUUUUGUACAGCAUCUGAUUUAAAAGGUGCCUUAUUAAGUUUACCAUUAAUUGCUUUGUUCUAUAUACAGAUUAUGUCCAAUGUAUCAUUUUUCAGUAAAUAACCUUAUUUUAGUAUACUUCAGUGAUGUGUUUUGUGAUGCUGUUCUUGGAUUUAUUGUGUAUCAGAAGUCGUUUGUUGAGAUUCUAUAAUAAGUAAGUCAGUGUACAUAUAUACGUUCCUGAACAUGCUUUUCAGCUUCCAGAAACCCAGCACGGAACAUGGCUAGGUAAGUGGCCAUAUGUUUUUGCCUUUAUGUAGAGAUAAUGAACCUACUAUAGUGAGGGGAGUUUUUUCCUUCUAUAAAAAAAUAAAACAUUGUUUCCUGGUUAUAAAAAUGUGUAUUUAUGACAGAACUUUUGGGAAACAAGAAAGAAUAAAGCAAAUAAACUACUCCGUUUUAUUGACAGACA